GUGUGUUUGCUGCCUCCCUCCCGCGCCUCCUUUUCUCCUCCUCCUCCUCCUCCUCCUCCUCCUGUUCGUCGCCCUCAACGACGCCCGCUCGAUCCUCGCGGACUCUCCGGGUGCGAGCCAGGCCGCGGCUCAGCCCAGCCCAGCCCAGCCCAGCGCCCACAGAAAUGAGUCGUCAGACUGCCACAGCACUUCCAACAGGUACCUCCAAGUGCACACCGUCCCAAAGGGUACCGGCCUUGACGGGCACCACCGCUUCCAACAAUGACUUGGCCAGCCUCUUUGAGUGCCCCGUCUGCUUUGACUAUGUGCUGCCACCUAUCCUCCAGUGCCAAAGCGGGCACCUCGUUUGUAGUAAUUGCCGCCCCAAGCUCACCUGUUGUCCGACCUGCCGAGGACCGUUGGGUUCCAUUCGGAAUUUGGCUAUGGAAAAAGUUGCCAACUCCGUACUGUUUCCUUGUAAAUACGCCUCCUCCGGCUGCGAGAUCACCUUGCCGCAUACCGAGAAAGCUGACCACGAAGAGCUUUGUGAAUUCAGGCCUUACUCUUGUCCGUGCCCUGGGGCCUCUUGUAAGUGGCAAGGCUCUCUGGAUGCUGUCAUGCCACACCUCAUGCACCAACAUAAAUCCAUAACAACGUAA